AGAGUUUUUCUUUGUCUUCUGCGUUUUAAAUUAAUCAAAAAAUUUAAAACCAAAAAUCGUGUAGAUUCCUGUAAUAAAGGAACAGAGAGACAGAAGUAAAGUGCUGAAUGAAUAAAAAAUUUCUUUGUUUCAAUAUAUAAAAAUAGAAAAUUUCAACGAAUUGGGAGUAUCACACACGCUCAUCGAAUUUCCAGACACACAGGAGUGUUCCCCGUGUUCUUGAGCACAAAGUAUAGCAUCAAGAAAGCGCAUUCAAAAAAGUUAUAUACGCAACGAACCAGGUGUCUGAUCGAGAGCCUGAACUCGAGAUUGUUUGCUUAUCCUAAAAGAUUCAAGAAGAGCUGUGAAUCAAAUAUACAUACACUUGACGGUUUUCUUCCAGAAAGGCUUUGUUUGUUUUCUCGUCUCAUGAUCACUGCUUCACAGCAAUGGGGUAUGUAGUAAACGUGGAGAAGAGAUGGGUAUUCCCUCUCGUCAUCACAUCUCUCGUCUGCGUUUUCCUCCUCGCAACCUCUUUCAACAUGGGCCUCGUCUCCUCCCUCCGCAAAAUCAACGGCAUUUUCUCCAUCAUCCCUUCCCCUCUCUCCAGAAACCAAACCACCAAGCUCGACUUCGCCGAGUCCAAAGUCGCUAAGCAACAAACCCUUCCUCCUCACGAAGACAAGCUUCCCCGUUUCGCGUACCUCGUCUCCGGGUCCAAAGGAGACGUGGAGAAGCUCUGGAGGACGCUUAGAGCAGUGUACCAUCCGAGAAACCAGUACGUUGUUCACUUGGACCUCGAGUCUCCCGUGGAUGAGAGAUUACAGCUGGCUUCUCGGAUUAAUAAGGAUCCUAUGUAUGCUAAAACCGGGAAUGUCUAUAUGAUAACAAAGGCUAAUCUUGUCACGUAUAGAGGACCGACGAUGGUGGCUAAUACACUUCACGCUUGUGCUGUUUUGCUUAAGAGAAGCGCUAACUGGGAUUGGUUUAUUAAUCUUAGUGCUUCAGACUAUCCCCUGGUGACACAAGAUGAUCUGCUUCACACGUUUUCGACUCUUGACCGGAACCUAAACUUUAUCGAACACACAAGUGAUCUCGGUUGGAAAGAGGAGAAGAGAGCAAUGCCAGUAAUGAUUGAUCCUGGACUAUACAUGUUGAACAAAUCAGAUAUAUACUGGGUCACACCUCGUCGAAGUUUGCCAACUGCGUUUAAACUAUUCACUGGAUCUGCUUGGAUGGCUCUGUCACGUCCCUUUGUAGAGUACUGCAUAUGGGGAUGGGACAACUUACCACGAACUCUCCUAAUGUACUACACCAACUUUGUUUCAUCGCCAGAAGGUUACUUCCAGACUGUGAUCUGCAACGUCCCCGAGUUCUCAAAAACCCCGCUCAACCAUGACCUUCACUACAUCUCAUGGGACACUCCGCCGCAGCAGCACCCUCACGUGUUGUCCCUCAACGACACGUCGCAGAUGAUAUCCAGCGGUGCUGCGUUCGCUAGGAAGUUCAAAAGAGACGACCAAGUGCUUGAUAUGAUCGAUAAGGAGCUGCUUAGACGGAAGAAUGGUGAUGGUUUUACUCCUGGUGGGUGGUGCAGUGGGAAACCAAAGUGCUCUCAGGUUGGUGAUGUGGCUAACAUUAAGCCUGGUGCUGGAGCUCAGAGGCUUCAGGGACUAGUGGACAGGUUAGUCAACGAGGCUAAAACAGGAGUUAAUCAGUGUAAAUAG